ACCAGUGGGCGUGGCCUGUAACCUGUCCAUCAAGUUUCCGUGGGCGGGGCCGGAGCCUGGCGGUGCAGUGUGCGGCUGUGGACAGGGCUUUGUGCUGGGCUCAGCUGAGGGGCUCUAAGAAGAAGACAUGGCAGCCCCGGCUGAGAAAGCCUAUUACCGCUUUGUGGUGCUGUUCUUUAACUGCCUGCUCACGUUCGGCUCAUAUUUUUGCUUCGAUAUUCCCAGCGUCCUCCAGGACCAGUUUCAGGGGAACCUGACAUGUACAAAUGGCAGUCGCCCUAACAGCACCCAUGGUAAUAGCAGUGACAACUGUGUGGAGGGGCUUGGCAUGACCCCAGAGCAGUAUAACCUAUUAUAUGCCAUCUAUGCCUGGACGAAUGCCUUGGUGGUUAUCAUGGCUGGAUUUCUUAUCGACAAGCUGGGGAACAGAUUCGGCCUGUUCCUGUUUUCCUCCCUGACUGUUGUCGGCUCCUCCAUAUUUGCCCUGGGAUCACAUUUUAAAGGAUCUCCCUACCUGCUUCCGCUAAUGUUGACGGGACGCCUGUUGUUCGGAUCCGGGAAUGGAUCGCUGACAAUUGUACAGAACCGGAUCACAGCCUUCUGGUUCAAAGGGAAAGAACUAGCUCUGGCGUUCGGGCUGACCUUAUCUUUCUCACGGUUGGGCAGCGUUCUCAAUUUCUUCCUCACUAGGCGGUUUGAAGAUCACUUUGGAAUCCAAUGGACUCUUUGGGGAGGAACCAUACUGUGCGUCCUGGGCUUAUUGUCUGCUGUUACGGUCAGUAUCCUGGAUAAAGUCGGAAUGAAGCAGCUUGGGCUGGAUGGAGCAAUGCAGGAAGAGUCCAAGAAAGUGCGAGUUCAAGACAUCCGGCGACUGCCAUUACGUUAUUGGCUCUUGGUUUUGACCAUCAUGUUUUUCUACAAUGGAAUAUUUCCUUUCGUGGCUGAUGCCAGCAAAUUUAUUCAAGACAAGUAUGAUGGCUAUGACCAGCAGAUGGCGUCUUAUAUAGCUGGGGCUGUGUAUGACAGCUCUCUGGUUCUGUCUGCGGCUGUUGGAAUAUUAAUAGACUAUAUAGGCCUGAGGGGGGUGCUGGCAGUCCUUUGUGCGAUACUGACGUUGCCAGUGUUUGCCUUGUUGGCAUUCACCUUUGUCCCACCGCUGGUGUCCACCAUAUGGCUUGGAGUCACUUACUCCUUUGCAGCGGCAAGCAUGUGGCCAUCAAUCCCUCUUGUGGUCCCACAAGCUACUCUGGGAACUGCCAUGGGUCUCGCCACCUCCGUACAGAUGAUUGGCAUUGGGAUUUCCAAUCUUAUCGUUGGCAGAAUUCUUGGUACCAAAUCCAGUGAAUCAAAGAUCCCAUUAUGGCGAUGGCAACAAAUGAUGAUUUUCAUGCUGGCAAAUACCAUUGCUUGUAUAGUCACGUGCGUGACCUUAAAUAUAGUGGACAAGAAACAGGGAGGCACAUUAAACAAAAUGACAAAGAAGAGACCUCAGGUGGAGCAAGAGUCCCGGGAAGAGUCUGACAGAACCCCGAUCCUAUCUGAGGAGGACGACCAGAGGUCUAUAAACUAGCGGACACCGCUCUGUAUUACGUAGAACAGACUGGUUACGCAGCUGAACACAGGUUUACAUUCACAGCCUAGAUAAUAAAUCACUAAUCUGGAAACGCUAAAUGCUACACGUACUAAUUGUAGCACCCUCAUAUACAAGAUAUAAAGAAAACUGGUGCUAUAACCCAUAAACUGAUCCUAUUGUAGCAGAUAGAACCAUUGGAUUUGCUGUCGGGAAACAUUUUGUCACCUUCAUUCAUAAAGCAUUACCAACUUUAGUUCUCGGGCCUGUGACAGGCUAUGGUGCAAUAUAAAGUAAUAAAUAUAGAAGGGGCACUUUCCUCAAGACUGGUCUUAAAAUGUAACCUUGGAUUUGAGGUUUAUUAUGUAUAAUGGUUCUAUAUCAAUAAAAUACAGU